ACGCGAGGACGUGCUUUUCGCUAACUGAAAAUUUGAAAAAAGAACGCGUAUCGUUCGUUCGAACUGUUCGAAGACACUACCCGCGCGAUUUCUUUUUGUUUUCUUUCUGAGUUAAAAAAAGGUUUUUCGAAAAAGUUUGAAUUUUAAAUUAAGAAUGACAGAUAGAUAGCUACUUAAUUUCGGUUUUAAAUCGUUUCCCAGCAAAAAACUUUAAAUGACACGAACAAAUUACUUAACAAUUUACUAAAAAAUAAUAACCACCCUGACUUCGAAAAUCAAAUUCAGCCAAACAAAGUGUGACCAGUAUUAAAUAAGCAGCUUUUAUUUUAUUUUUAAAUUAUAACCACAAGUGUCAAGUGACAAUGCGUUCAGAAAUAUUUCUCUUCUUCUUCUUCUUCAAUUCCAUCCAAGGAGAUUACUUCGUCAACCAAGUGAACCAUAUGGAGUAUUACACCCGGAACAGGACAAGACCUUCGAAGGCUUUUUCUAGUUUUUCGACGAACUAUCUUAACCAGAACAUGGUGUCUAGUCCUGGGAAGGACAGAAUGCAAUGCGGGACUCGAACCGUGGACUUCAACCCACGGAAGGGAAAGAUUGUCGGAGGUUCCGAAACGCCGUAUGGAGCUUUUCCUUGGCAGGUGGAGAUUCAAAUGCUGGACCCUGACAGGCUGACCUUCGAGCAUCAUUGCGGAGGAGCAGUCAUCGCUGAACGUCUGGUACUGUCGGCCGCUCAUUGCUUUGACAAGCAACCUCUACACCUGGAGCACAUCAGGCUGGUGGUGGGCGAGCACCGUCUGAAGGUGCAGGAUCGCCACGAGCGGCGGUUCCUCGCCGAGAAGGUGGUCUCGCACCCUGACUUCAGAAAGAACGGUCCACACAGCAACGACAUUGCCCUGGUGGUGGUGGCAAAGUCUGGUGGCAGGCUGCAGUUUAACAGUCAUGUUCGACCAAUAUGUCUACCGGACCAGCACGGGGACAGCUCGGGCAAGUGGUGCGCUGUGAGCGGCUGGGGAUACCAAGCAGAGAGCACGGAAUCAUUCGCUCCAGUAUUGAGAGCUGCCGCGGUUCCUGUGCUAGACCUGACUACUUGUAGAAAGAAUCAGGUCCUGGGUGGACGUCAGCAAGCCAUAUUAGACUCUAUGAUCUGUGCAGGAAUUCUCUCAGGAGGAGUAGACGCUUGCCGUGGCGAUUCCGGGGGCCCUCUGGCGUGCUUGUCAGGUAGUAAUUGGCAGCUACACGGCGUAGUGUCUUGGGGGGCGGGCUGCGCGCGGCGGGCGAGGCCUGGGGUCUAUACUAGAGUGGCUUCCUAUCUACCCUGGUUGAGGAGCACUGCCGCUGCUUUAGGGCAAAAGUUACCGUCGUAAAAGGAAUGUUACCGUCGUAAAAAGAAUGUUACCUUCAUAAAAGUAAUGUUAUAGUCGUCGGGUUGUUACCGUUUUAAAACUGAUGUUACCAUUUUAAGCCAUACUACACGCCACACGGCAGUUAUGUUAAGCCGUUUCGGUGCAUUUAUUAGCUGUAAAAUAUCUCCAUCAAACCGCAGAGGAGCAGCGUGGUGGAGUAUGCUCCAUACCUCCUACGAUUGAGGGGAGGCCUGUGCCUAGCAGCGGGACGUAUGAGCUGUUUAUGUUAUGUUAUGUAACAUUUUAAAAGUAUAGUUACAGUUUUAUAAGUGUUACUAUUUGAUAGAAACAUCAUUAGAUGCUAGUAGAAUAAGGUAUUUGACUGGAAGAUAAAUUAUAAAAUGCUAAUAUAGAAACAGAAGCCAGUCAAAAUACAAUCUCAUUUUUCUUUUGAUUUAUUUUCGAAUUUUAAUUAUGAAUUAACCCGCAAUGGUGGUUGACUGCUUUUAUUGAUGACGUCACUCGGGCAGAAUUGGGUAGUUUCUUAGGUCAAUGAUAAAAUAAAAGAAAAAUUUAAAGGUGACAGAAAACAUUGUUUUAAGGGCUUUUUGGCGGGAAACGGGAACGGGACAGUUGCUUUCUUCAUUGAAUGAUCUAAAUAAUUAAUACGAAGUGGUGUUUUGUUUUGUGGUUAAUGAUCGCAUUAAGUUAGUCGGAAGACAUUCGCGAGUGUUAUUACAUCGGGGUAUUCAAUAAACAAAGUGUAUCUGCCUAUUUUCGCUUCGUGCCAGGAAGCCGCUUCAUAACUCGAAAGUUUAUGCGGACUUUUGAGUUAAUUCGUUUGGGGUUCGGAGUAGGAGUCUACUCCGAGGGUUUCAUCAUCAUCACCUUUCAUCA